UUCUUGCCCUGUUUUAUAAUAUCAGGACUUGCACUUGCAGCAGCAAUUGUCUGCAUUUGGAUUCCAGAAACACUUCAUAAUCACAGUGGUAGAAAUGAGUCUAAAGAUAAUGCUGAAGCUUUAGAAAAUGGAAGCAACAUGGUUGACAAACAAAGGACAGUCCAAAACAAUGAAAACCUCUUCAUGAAUUGGCCUUUAAUGUCAUCUAUCAUUGCUUAUUGUAUCUUUGCACUUCAUGAUAUAGCUUAUCAAGAGGUUUUCUCAUUAUGGGCUGUCAGUCCUUCAAAGUUAGGGGGUUUGAACUUUACAACUGAUGAUAUUGGUGAUGUUCUUUCAAUUUCAGGACUUGCACUUUUCAUCUACCAGGUUGUUGUAUAUCCAUUUGUGGAAAAAGUUUGUGGACCUAUUGGUAUUGCGCGCAUCGCAGGGAUUUCUUCUAUACCACUAUUGCAAAGUUACCCAUUCAUAGCAAUGUUAUCAGGCAUAACUUUAUACACAGUGAUUAGUAUUGCUUCUGUGCUGAAGAAUGUUAUGGCUGUGACAAUUAAAACGGGUAUAUUCCUUAUACAAAAUCGAGCAGUGGAACAACACCAAAGAGGGGCAGCUAAUGGAAUUUCUAUGACAGCUAUGUCUUUUUGCAAAGCUGUUGGUCCUGCUGCAGGUGGUGCAAUAUUAACUUGGUCACAAAAACGUAGGGAUGCUUCUUUCCUUCCGGGCUCUCAAAUGGUCUUUUUUUUCUUGAAUUUAGUUGAAGGACUUGGAAUACUUUUGUUGUUCAAACCAUUCCUUGGUGAAAAGAAGAACACACACUCAGAUCAGUUACAUUGAUAUCCAUCAACUUUUGAUUUUUGAGUCAUGCUUUAUCACUAUCAUUAAGUGCAUUAUUAGAUUUGUCAUCAUAUACAAGUGAUUCUUAUUGCUAAAUUGAUAGUAGAAACACCAAAUAAAAAAAGAAAAAUGAGGAAGUAAUUGUGCUUCUUUACUGGAAUCAUGACUCUCAAGGGGAAAGACAAUUCACAAUAUUAUCCUUAUGAAAUUUUUUUUCAUGACUUU